AUGGAUUAUAUCUGGUUUUGUGAAUACUGUUCCCCAAAUGAUCUACAUGAUGGCAGAAAACGUUUUGUAACGCAGAAAGAGUUCGUUAACCACAUCCGACUGCACCAUUUAGUUCAGAGGACCGAAAAUGAUGUGGAAAUUUUCAUUUGUCGAUAUGGCCCGAAUAAUUCAUGUCUCUUCCUGUCUCAAUAUCCAAAUGAUAUAGAAGAUGGCAAUUCAUCUCGGGGUAGUCUAUUCACAAAUCAAUGUGACUAUGAAAAGCAUUUAGUUGGAUUUCAUCUCAUAAAGCAUCCUGUAUAUAAAAACUUGGAUUCAAAAUCAUUGCAGCCUAUACAUCAUGUCACUCCCCAUUGUAACGAGAAACCAUCUCGUAAAUGGAGUGUAUACAAGUCAGUUGUAAAUUUACCCGCUAUUCUAAAUGAUCCAAAUUAUCGUGAAGUGGAUAUAUUUUCAAGAUUAUGGGGUGAUAAAUUUGAAAAUGUUGAAGUUUACCCAGUCCACAUUUACCAAGUUGAUGCAAACUCACACACAUCAUCACCCAAGUGCCAGAUUAAUUCAUUUUGGAAUUCAUCCAGUGUAAAAUCAUCCAAUAAAGUUUCAAGCAAUGAAAAAUCACCAGAUACUUCUCUUUCUUCCAUUCCUGCCUUGUAUUUUGAUUCAACAUUUAACUUAAAAGAUGAAAAAACAUUUUGUCAAGUUAUUCCUUUACAUCCACGUCGUUUAAAUCGAAAUUCUGUUGAAAAAAUUGAUUAUUCUUCAUCAACAUUGACGACAACUUCUGUAGACAUUUCAAAACACUUACACUACUCAAGCAAAGAAUCUUAUCAAAAAGAAGCUUUUCGUGUCCAACAUGAUCAGUUAGUCAACUAUUUGGAUAUUGUUGAGUUGAAUAUAGCUGAACAGGUUUCCAAGAAGUCUUCAACAUUCUUUGAGGCCAUACAAUGUCAUGAUGUUAUACGUGAAGACUUAAGUCAGGCUAUUCGUCAGAUUAAAGAAGUACGGCAUAAAUUACAUCACAUUGAUACAUUGUAUACGAGUGAUAAGAUGAGAUUAUUGCGUGUUGUGCGAAGACGUGAAAACUAUCAAUUAUUGGUUGAUAAGUUAAAAUUGAUAGCCAGUCUAAGAGCAACACAGCCUACUAUUCAAAGUUUAUUAAGAAAUAAUGAUUUUUGUGCUGCAUUGGAUUUAGUUAGCACUACAAAAGACUUACUACAAUCUCAUUUAAUGGGAAACUUGUCUAGUGAUAUGAAUCAAACUAUUGGCAAACAUUCAAAUCUAGAAGCUGGAACAAUUGAGUUGAAUAAAAACUCAAAUACAUUUAUAUGUUUACGUGAUUUCAGUGCACAACUGAGUGGUAUUUCUAAUUUUGUUCACAAAAUGGUGGAAUCAGAAUUUGAGAUGUCAUUAUGUCGAUUUCUUGAUCCACCUGUUGAAGAGUAUAGAGGAUACAAUGAACCAGAUAUAUUAUCCUGUUUCCUUGGUUUGAUACGAAUUAAUCGAUUGGAUUUUGUAAGUGGUUUCCAUGCAGAAAUGAUUAAAAGAGUUAAAGAUAUAUUCUCUCAGCACAUUUCAUCAGUCACUAGACCUCCUGGAAAUGAUUAUGCUAUAGAUUCAUCUGCAAUAACUGGAUCUACUACAUUUCCAACUAGUGAUCAAUUGCGUAAUCUAUCUUUUGAAGAAUGGAUGAGGUUUCUAGUUAAUUUAUGCAAUGAUUUGAAGUAUUUACUUAUUCGUGGUCAGGAUGUUGUGGAAAUUUUUGAAACUAAUCUUUGCUCAAAUGAACCGAGUAAAGUAGUCGAAAAUUGUGAUACAAAUUCCACCUCUUCAUCUUUGCAUCAGUCAAUGCAUACAAUCACUGUCAGCAAAGCUAAGGAACUAGCUAAACGAUCGAAUCAUUCAAUGGAAUCGAAAUCGAUAACGCCAGUAACAGGGAUAAUAACCUCAUCAACAGCAGCGGGAAUGGUAACAACAAAUAAUUUAUCUCAUAUUUCAUCAAUGAAUUCACCUAAUCAACAAAAACGUUUGUCAACAAUGACAAUUUCAAUGUUGAACACAGCAACAACACCAAUAAUGGAUAUUCGAUUUACAACAACCUUCAGCGAAUAUGCUUUCGACAAAGUGAAUUGGAGUGAUUUUCGAAAAUUAGUCAAAAUACUGAGUACUUUUCAGGUUUAUGUUUUACGAGCAUGGUUGAAAUUCUCUGAUAUUCUUGUGGAAGCAAUUAUUUAUUCUCAGUUGGAAGAUUCAAAAAAUCAUGUUCGAUCCAAUCCCUAUUUAUCAUCCUCUAAUAAAUUUGAGUCCAACCCUAAAAAGUCAACUGUUAUCUCUAGUCCACGAAAUAAUACUACCGUUUCCAAUACAAAUGGUUGUUUGCCUAACAACCAGUAUGUAUCUUCAAUUCAAUCAGAUCUAGUAUUGCGUAAUCUUGUACUUAGUAUGAUUAAGCUAAUAAUUGAUCGUUUUCAUCGUGACAAGUGUGAAAAGUUAAAUAUACUAUUAGAUCAAGAGCGUUGGCAAGCCGCUACGUGUCCAGAACAAGUUCAACAAAUGAUUGAUGAUAUGUCAUUCGAAGUAGGACAGUGUAAAUCAAAGGAUCUUGUGUACCCAUCUCAUAUUCCCAAUCACAAUACCAGUACAGUUCAAUUGCAUAGUGAAGAAGGCAAAACACAAAAUCAUAUUUUUCUAAAUGGUGAACAAUAUAUUGUAGUUGGCACAGUUGUCCUCUUGUUACCUAUGAUCAAUGAGUAUAUCAAAUUAGAUGAGAAACUGCCUAGUCAACCAUUAGCUACUGAAUUUAUUUUAGAUCGGUUAGCUGAUCUACUCAAUCAUUUUAAUUCUCGUGCAUGUCAACUUGUUCUUGGUGCUGAAGCGUGUGAAAAAGUUGAUCUUCAGCGUAUAUCAGCUAAAAAUCUUGCUUUAACACUACGCAGUUUACAGCUGAUUGUACAUUUUCUACCAUGUAUACGAGUUUCAUUAGAAAGAAUCUCUAAAUUAGAUUUUAAAAAGAUAUCAGAUAAUGAAGAUAAUUUCCUUAUAACUUCAUUAUAUCAGACUAAUCUUGGUCUAAGUCGGAUAGCAUUGAAUGAUCUGGAUCAUAUUGAAAAACUAUACAAAGAUCAUAUUGAAAGUGUUUUACAAAAAUUGGUGGAAUUAUUAUCUGAUCCAAUAGGACCGAGUCUUUCUACUUGGUAUGGUCGACCACCAAUACCCAGUAGAGAAAUGACUGAAAUAUGUCGUAAUUUAUCAAAAUUAACUGGAAUGACUGGUCAUGUACUACCGGCGAAAAUACUUACUUCAAUUCUAUUACGUGUUCACAAUGAAUUAAAAGUUCAAUUACGUCAUCGUAUCAGUGAACUUGGUAUUGUUGCUGAUGGUGGACCACAGCAAAGCUUAGUAGACUCAGAAAUGCUGUUUUAUAUUGAUCAUUUACAAACGCUUACACCUCAGCUGCAUAAAUUUGUAGAUGAUUGUUCAGAUAUUUGGCCUUCAUAA